AUGGCGCUCGACGCCAACGCUGUUGGCGACUCGAUGGUGGAGUUGGAUCGCUUCGCGCGGCUCAACAUUCUGGCGCUCCGAAAGAUCUGCAAAAAGGUGGAUAAGGUCAGUAGCAACGGUGACUCUGCAAAGACCUGGCUUGAGGAGCGACUGGAGAAGGAGGGGUUUUCGUCGCCGCCGGCCUUGGAUGCGCUCCUCUCCCUCCUUUCGGAUGUACACUCCCUCCUGCGCCAGCGGCGAGACGAAGAAUCGAAUGGAGGAAAGCCGAGGGCGGACGCAGCGGGGCCGUGGCGGCCGCCGACAGAGUUUGAGAGAAGCACCGACAAGUACUGGGUCAAGCCCGAGGACGUGCCUGCUGUCAUGGUGAAAAUCCUCCGGCAGAUCCCCGUCUUGAUUAUGCACAGGCCGCCUGCGGGCGCCACUCGAGAGAGCACUGCGAGUCUCCUGCUCCAAACUCAAGCUAAGGAGGCGCAAGGUGGAGCUAACGAGCCGGGCGACGCGAUACACGGCACAGUCUCGUCGCUCUACCUCGACUCGCCCGAACUCUCCCUGUACCACGAGCGCAUCGUUCGUGGCGAAGGGGCGCGACUCUACCGCCUCCGGUGGUAUGGCCUGUCCGCUGGAGAGGAGGACGUAGUUUUUGUCGAGCGGAAGACGCAUCGCGGGCAGCGGUGGACUGGGAGCCAGAGCUCCAAGGAGCGCUUCCCGCUGGAAGCCCUGGCCGUGGGUGCGCUGCUGCGCGGCGCAUGCGACAUCGACGAGCAGGUGGCACGCAUGGUUGCUCGUGGCCGACUGCGCGAGGAGCAGGCGCGCGCAACAAGGGAGCUUGGUGCCGACAUCCAGGCGGAGGUUGUUCGGCUUCGCCUGCAGCCCACUGUGCGCACCGUUUACCGCCGCUGCGCCUUUCAGCGCGCUGACUCGAACGCGGUUCGCGUGACGAUCGAUUCCGGCCUCUCCUUGGUGCGGGAGAGAUCCGCCGGCGAAGAUGGCGGUUGGUGCUAUCCUCUCGAUGCGUUGCUUGGCUGCGGCGACGUGAUCCACUUUCCCUUCACCGUCCUCGAGGUGAAGCUGCAGUGUGAGACACCGCAGUGGGUGGAGGCGCUCCUGGCAACGGGCCUACUCACCCCGGCAAACAAGUUUUCAAAGUACCUGACCGGCUGCGCGUCGUUCUUCCCCCGCAAGGUGAGGGUGCGGCCCUCGUGGCUGGAUGAGCCAACUCUCGUUGCGGCACUCGGGCUCAAGGCGUGCUGCAGCGCAAGCGGCGACUCGCUCGAAGGCGCAGUGACAGCUCGCCCGGUCGACCCGAAGACGAUCUUUGCUCUCGAACGUACCUUCAUCCAGUGGAUUUCUGUCGGUGUCCUCCUGUUUUCGAUUGGGCUCGCCCUUAUGGACACCGGGGCGGGAGGACGCACCAAAUCGGUCGGGUAUGCGGUGCUCGCUUCGGCUUCCGCUCUUGUCAUUUAUGCGCUCUUGAACUUCUACCGAAGAGCUUCGAAGCUGGCCCGUAGGGACACCUCGGGAUACGUCGACGAGUUUGGGCCCGCGAUUCUUGUGGCAAUGCUGAUCGCCGCGUCCGUUACUUACAUGUGCGUUGAGCACGUUUCGAGCAACGGAACCAGCGGCUCGGACGACGACCUGGACACCCUGUCCGACUUGCUGAAUACGACCGCCUUGCGCGAGGCUGCGACGAAGCUGGAGGACGCGAAGCUCUCGCUCGAGGGCCUCAAGGACGUCCUUCCUGACACCCUGCUGAUCAACAGUCUACUGGUGGCGGCCGAUAUCCAGGCUCCGGGCGAUCGGUUGGCUAUCAUCAACGCUCUGAUGAAGAGCAGGAACGCGCGUAGCAAUGCGCAUAGCUGGCUGGAGAGUAGAGCAGUGUUAGGGUAUAGCUCGGCUAGCGCCGGUGCUAAUAGCCGCGCUGCUUAA